CAGACAGACAUGCCUUUGCGUUUGAUUUUUCUCUGUGAAGAUCCCUUACUUCCCAAACACACCUUUCUCACUGCAUCUUCAGUUCUGCUUAGUUAGCUUCCAACCUUUUCUUUUCAUUCUCAGUAUAGUAUAGUAGGGUAUAGCAGCUUUUGUUAUAAUAAGAAACACUUCUUAGCUUGUUCUAAGUGGCCUAGAGUGUCAUGACUACUUCUUCUUUAGUGUUUGCACUGCUCCUUGCGGCCAUUUCUAGUCCAUCAAGUGCAACAUGGUGCAUAUGCAAACAAGGAAUAAGUGACCAAGAAUUGCAAAAGACAUUGGACUAUGCGUGUGGGACAGGGGCAGACUGCAACCCCAUCAAGCCAAAUGGGCAAUGCUUCUACCCCAAUACCGUUUUAGCUCAUUGCAACUAUGCCGUCAACAGUUAUUUCCAGAAAAAGGCUCUCAUUCCUGGCUCUUGUGACUUUGCUACCACUGCCUCAGUCACCACAUCUAACCCUAGUGUAGCUGGUUGUGCUUACCCUACAAGUGCAAGUAGUGGCAUAAGCACAGGCACAACACCAGUGGAGACUAAUCCCACUACUAAACCGCCACCAAUCGGAAUGCCAUCCACCACCACCGCCACCGGUGGUAACUCAAUCUUCACACCUCCUACCACAGGUGGUGUCCUUGGAGUAGGCAUCAACACCCCUACACCUGCUGCCGGUAUGAACAGUGAUGUGAGCCACGGCGGGAUCUCUCUCCAGUGCACAUUAGUACUUCCCUUCCUCACCGCACUCAUAACCUAUGUAGUAGUGGCAUCACAGUUGUUGGAAUAAUUGUAUUAUUACUAGUACUGUAUCUAUAUUUUGAGGUAGUGCUCACAUUAUUGUGACAAUGAGAGUUUCAGAAUUCAGUUUUGAGUUUUUUAACUUUCCAGAGUGCUCACAUUUUUAACUUUCCCAGUUUUAAUCAUCUAACCAUUGUGACAGUGACAGUUUUGUUACCCAUAUUUGGAAUCUGGCACAAUGGUUGGAGCCUGGAGGAUGUACCCAUAUUUCUCUUAAUUUUCCAGGUUAAUGGGG